CACCAGAAUUAUUUAUGUAAACCUGAAGACAAUGUCUACAGUAUUGAUUUUACCCGCUUCAAAAUCCGAGACCUGGAGACGGGGACGGUGCUCUUCGAGAUUGCCAAACCUUGCAUCUCAGACCAAGACCAGGACGCAGAGGAGGAGAGUGUCGAUGUGGAUAUCAGCGUAGGGCGUUUCGUCCGCUAUCAGUUCACACCAGCCUUUCUGCGCCUCCGGACAGUCGGUGCCACGGUAGAGUUCACAGUGGGGGACAGACCUGUGUCCAACUUCCGGAUGAUUGAGCGGCACUACUUCCGGGAGCGUCUGCUGAAAAACUUUGACUUUGACUUCGGCUUCUGCAUCCCCAGCAGUAGAAACACGUGUGAACACAUCUACGAGUUCCCGCAGCUCUCUGAGGACGUCAUUCGUCUGAUGAUCGAAAACCCAUAUGAGACCCGCUCGGAUAGCUUCUACUUUGUCGACAACAAGCUGAUAAUGCACAACAAGGCUGACUACGCCUAUAAUGGAGGCCAGUGAGUGCCGCAGGAGCGGCCAGGGGAGGUCCUUUGCUGCCACCACGAGGCACAUGGGGGAAUUGCAGCUCCUGCUUGUCAACACCCGUUGAACCUGGUCCAGGAAGCUGCCGCUGGGGUGGCGGUUUGUGCUCCACGGAGGUGCCGGCCAGCAGUUUCUUUUCCCGGUAUUUUUUCCCCGCCCCCUAGUUCUCAGAGGUUUUAUAGUGAAGUAAAAGAGUAGCGUAAGUUUCCUGGGAUCCAGAAAAAAAGUUCAUCUCUGUGUAGUCUUAGCCGUGCACUGGUUAUCCCGACAGGCCUGACUGUCCAGGCACAGUGUGUCAGUGAGGAGGCUCAGGCUGGGCCACCCUCGGCUUACCAGCCAUUCUGCCGCUUCCUGGGUGCUGUGGGCAGCUGAGAGCAGCUCACUUCCUCCUUCACCGUGGUGUUGCGUUGGCACAGUCUGAGGCCGCCGCCGGGAGGAGACUCGAAAAGACAGGGAGGGCGGAGCCUGGGGCUGAGGCACCAGGAUGGGAGGUGAUGUCAGACUGAAAGACAAGUUUUUGAGGAUGCUACUUAGCUGCCUUGGGGACCCACAGCCAGUCCUAGGGGAGACCGUGGCCUGAGCCUGGUGGUGCUUUCCUGUUCUUACUCUGGAGGCCACACGGGGGCGCUCUGCUCCCCUGGCCUUGACUUUUCCUGCAGCAGACCUCGUGGGUUUUGUUCCCUGAAUGUAGUGUCUUGAGUUCAGGGCAGGGUGACGUGCUUUGGGCUCUUUAGUCUGACUUCUUUGGGGAGUUCGUACACCGUGUCUGCCCUGGCGCCUGUGAUACGGUAGAUCUCUGAGAGUUGACCUGGCUCAUGGCAGGAGAGACGUAGUUGUAGCCUGGCUGCCGCAUAGAGAGCGAGCUGACUGUUUACAUAGCGAGUCUGGAAGACGGGCCUAGGCCGGGGUUCGUCCCUGGAACUCUGGGUCUCCUGCUUAGGAAUGUUUCCUGUCUGUCUGCCUUUCUCCCCGAAGUCGUUCCUGGAACCAUCUGGCGGAUGGUCCUGAGUGACGCAUGUUCUGAUCGAUCCUUCAAGCUGCUGGAAGCUUGAGUGUUGGAAAGGGCCCCGCCAGAGCACUGUGGCCUCAGACAUCUUCCUGCGCUGUCGUGGGCGUCAGGUGUCCCCGGUCCUCACUGACUAACCCUCCUCUUUGGCUCCCCAGGUUGUCUCUGUGGACUGCUUGAGGCCUCUGCUGUGGCUCAGGUCCUUUUAGCAAUGAUGAAGUGUCAGGAGUAAGGGGCAGGCGUGCAGAAGUGUCUUUGAGGUAUCACAUUACCUGUGAUGAGAGCAGGGCCCAAGUGCUCUCUGAGAGAAAGGACAUCCUUUGGCCAGUGUUGCUCUGUGUUUGGUUUCUCGAGCUUUAGGAGCCUUGAAUUUUGGUCCCGUGUUCUCUUUCUGGCCAGCAACUGACAGUGCUGUAUGCUGGAAGCCUUCGGAAGGAGAAAGCCCUAAUUACUUUUCAUGCUGCACUAGAUUUACCCACUGAGACUGGAGAGCCCAGGUGCCCUCCGGGUGGGUACCUCCUGACCACUCUGGUGAAUCUCAGAACUGGAGUCCACUCCAAAUCCAGGUGCCUUAAGUGUGCUCUGCCCGUGCGCUGCAGGGGACCUGCUGCGCCCUCCUUCCCUCCUGACCUGUGACAGACAGCAGCUUCUCAGUACCUUUUCUCACGUGGCUCCUCUGCUGGGAUGUGCAUGUUCUUGACAAAGUUCAGAGUGCUCCUUGCUCUGUUUGGGUCUGAUGAGGAGAGAUUUGGUUUUCAGUAUUUAAAUAAAUACUACCUAGGAAGAGAUUCCUGGGCUGCGGGGUCUUUGCUCAGUGGAGCCCAGCUUGGGCCGCUCCUGUAUUCUGGCUGCUGUUUCUUGCCUGUACUGCUGGCUUUUGCUUGGGAAGCUCCAGAGGAUGGAGGAGCUGGACACACCAGCUUGAGAAGGGCUUCGUCCCCUUUUCAGUUGGUCGUGGUCACAUUGAAGACCACUCAGACCAGGGCUCGGUCGUUGUUGGCAGGAUGGACUGGUCUUCCUUUGCUGCUGAAGGUCAGUGGUCUGUGUCUGGCUUCCUAGGGAAGCAUCUUGCUGUUUUCCACCGUUUGUACCUGACUUAUAGAAACUGGAAUUCAUACUUUGCAAGUAACAAGCAGAAGCCGAGUCAGAAGUCAUGUGUUCAGGAAUAUCAGCCAUCCACAGUGGCUUCCUGUGAUGCAGUGAGAGAGAGAGUGUGGAGAGGCCAUGCCCUGCGUCAAGAGCAGGAAUCUGAGCAGAUAGCCGCUCCCAGGAGAACCUCCCAGCAGCCAGGCAGAAGCCUUCCUGCUGUGAGCAGGGCGCUGCCUGAUCUCCAUUCCUGCCCUCUCUCUGCCUUGGGCUGAGCUGUCCUCUGCCUCUCUGAAGAUGAAGUUCAUCUGCUCUUCUUUGUUCUAAACCACAAGCAUAGGAGGAAGGUGCCAGUCCCUGGGGCUGAGAUCAGCUGCUGUCUCCAGUUAGCUCAGCUCUGUCUUGCACGGACUCUCUGAAGCUUCUCCAGGCUUUGGAUAUUUCCCAUUCCAAGGACAGUGCUUUACAGUGCCUGGCACUGACCAUAGACUCAGAUUCUGACAGUGUCCACAUUCCGUAUCCAGAGCAUCAUAGCCACAGGGUGGGUGGGGGAGGUAGGUUCCCCUCCACCUUGUUUCUCAAAGGAUCAUGUGAUUUCAUUGAAAUUGUGAAAGUCUAUUUUCCCUGUAAAUCUAUUUUUCACAGAACAUGAGAAACAUCUCUGUCCUUCCCACUUUACCCAAGAUCCUCAUUCCAGAACCAACCAGGUGACUUGAUUUGUAUAAGAUGUUAUUUUACCACAAGAGACAGUAAUAAAAAUUUUCACAGUA